GAGAGGGCGAGACGGCAUGAUGGCAGCACCUUGCGGCAAACAGUAUUUUCUAACACAAAGCCUUUCCCUCUGGCUGCUGGCUCUGGUUUUCACCGUGACAUGGCGCUUUUCUGUUCAAGAGAGCUACCCUCCGAUUCACCUCGAAGGGGAGGUUGGUGGAAAUGUGACCAUUCACUGCCCCUUUGAAAGUCAUAGAACGAUUAAAUUCUUCUACUUUCAGAGGGGCGAAACUUUUGUGAACGGCUACUAUGAAUCAAGAAAUAUAACCGACACGCAAGGCGUCCAGACAUGGGAGAACACCAGAGUGGAUCACGGCAACACAACUGUGCACAUGACCAAUUUGAACAUGUCACAUAUGGGUACCUAUAGGUGCCAUAUCAUGUACACUAACAGCCAGAGUACCUUUGACAGAGACGUAGACCUCAGGAUCACAGGCAAAUACAGUAAACCCGAGGUCACAGUGAAAUGCACUGAUGUCUUUAGCUGCCUGGUGAUGUGCUCCUCACAUGGCGGCUACCCGAAAGCUAGCAUGAUGUUGAACGUUCCAGACAGUCAAGUGAUGAAGGUUGUGAACAGCAGUGAAAUGCCCGAUCCACACACCAUGACGUUCAACAGCUCCAGCUCUGCAACCUUUAACUGCUCCGGUGGAGAGCUGACGUCCCUCAGCUGCUCUGUGGGCGAAGUCACCUCAGACAUGUUCUCAGUCUGUGUACUCAAGGAUCCACCUGACCCAACUGUCACACCUGACACGAGUCACUACGUGAUAGUAACAGCCAUCUGCGCAGUGGCGGUUUUCAGCAUUAUGAUGGCAUCCCUGCUGUGGUGGCAAUGCAGGAAAGGAAAUACAGGAGCAGCGUCAGUAGAUGUGAGGCUAGAGUGGGGAGUAGACGGACAAGACGAGGAGGCGGCACAACUCAGUGAAAAAAACGGAGGGGAAGAGGCCUCUUGAGUGCUGCGCCGGUGAGGAAGAUUAUCCGAUUUCUGCUCGGACACAAGAUCUCGUUCUAGAAUCUAGAACUAAAACUCUAUGUCACUCAAGUGUAUGUUACAUUUGUGACUGACUGGCUUUAAGGAGGAAAAGCCGGUGACCACAUGAGUCAGUUAUUGACGAGAGACCGCGUGCUGUGUACAUUUCACUGGCACUUGUGACUACUUAGCAUUUUAAGGAAGUACUCAUCAUCAGUAUCAUUUUACGGGUACAGAACGUCAGCCAACUGAGAAUAACUUACUUCUCAAAAAAGGACUUUUCCAGCGGUUAGUAGUGAGAUUGUUGUCGUAUACUGGAAAACAGUCUCCGAGGGAAACACUUCCCCCGCACUCCGAAGAGCAAAAUCAAAAGCACAAAAGGCUGUAUUCAAAGUUUGAUGAAAUAUGGAUUUUAUUGUUGACACUGAUCUCUAUGUGGAGAAGUGGGAUCUGUUACACUCGCUACAAGUGUCAGUUCAGGAGUCUGUUUCAUCAUUUCAGGCGCAGUUGUUGCACUUUAGAAUUCCCCAUUGCAUUUUUCUCUGUAUAGCCCAGUCUACAAUAUCCUGUUGUUAUGAGUGUUUGGCUUUGUGGACUUUUUUUUUUUUUGGUUUUAAUGUAAGGCCAGUCAAUGUUAGUUUAAAGUGAUCGUAAGGUUCUUUAGUUCCCUAAUUUGUGUCCAGGGUUUUACUCUUAUUUAGCUUUGCCUUUCAGAAAUGACCUGUAACAGAAGCUGUGAAAAUGUGGAUGUCAUAAUCCCCAUUGAAUGUGAACUGGUGCAUUUUGCUGUUUGAGUUUUCUGCUAUAGAUUCCAGUAUUUCAGGAUUCCCCCUGUAAGGUGCAAUAUUGAAUACAAAGGGAAAGGCUUUUUCUUUUUUUAAUUAAAUUGCUCUCGCCCAGCUCUAUUUUUUUCCUCAGGUGACUGUUCUCGUGCACAAUAACCAUUUUGUAUGCUGUUUUGCUACGUAUUUAUUUUAUUUUAUAUUCUUCUUUCUCAAUAUUAAACUGCAUCUCAUAUGCUGUUUACAGUGUUUUGGGUGAGGAGACCUCUAUUACUCCUCCUUCCUCAGAAUUACCACACAAAUGGCUGCUUUCACUUCCUAAAUCUGAGCCAAACACUCCUCUCGGAUGGCUGUUGUAGCUUUCUCUUGUUUGUUUGUCACAUAACUUAACAAUUAUGUCCGUUGCUCAUUUUUCUUUGUUACUGACACAAUCAAUUAAAAUGUUGUU